AGACCCCGCCCUCGCCGGGCGGGGCUGAGCACUAGUCGCCUGCUGGGCCAGCUUCUCGUCUGUCGGUCAGACCAAGGGCACUCAGACUGGAAAGGUUGUUGCUGGGCUUGGGUGUCCGUCCUUUCCUGUCUCCUUUUUUUCCUCUUUUCACUUAAAUCCACUGAGUCUCUCGCCAAGUCAGUAAUUUAGGUAAUCCCGCCGCCCCUGGAGGAACCUUUGUGACACCGGAACUGAUGUGCCGUAGGGUGGCUGCGGUCGGAGGACUGUUUUGGUAAAGGACUAGCAGUUCUCUGCGGAGGGUAGGUUGAUACAGUUCCGGUGGGAGAACGCGGCUGCGAGGUUUUCGGCUUUGGCUCCUGAUAUGCAGCGACAGAAUUUUCGGCCCCCAACUCCUCCUUACCCUGGUCCGGGUGGAGGAGGUUGGGGUAGCGGAAGCAGCUUCCGGGGAACCCCGGGCGGGGGCGGACCACGGCCGCCCUCCCCUCGAGACGGGUACGGGAGUCCGCACCACACGCCGCCGUACGGGCCCCGGUCUAGGCCGUACGGGAGCAGUCACUCUCCGCGACACGGCGGCAGCUUCCCGGGGGGCCGGUUCGGGUCUCCGUCCCCUGGCGGCUACCCUGGCUCCUACUCCAGGUCCCCCGCGGGGUCCCAGCAGCAAUUCGGCUACUCCCCAGGGCAGCAGCAGACCCACCCCCAGGGUUCUCCAAGGACAUCUACACCAUUUGGAUCAGGGCGUGUUAGAGAAAAAAGAAUGUCUAAUGAGUUGGAAAAUUAUUUCAAGCCUUCAAUGCUUGAAGAUCCUUGGGCUGGCCUAGAACCAGUAUCUGUAGUGGAUAUAAGCCAACAAUACAGCAAUACUCAAACAUUCACAGGCAAAAAAGGAAGAUACUUUUGUUAACAUUUCUGAAAUUCAACUGGAAGCUUCAUGUGUCAGGAACAUCUUGGACAAAACUUUAAGUUGUGUUGAUAUAAAUUUACCCAAAGAUGAUGACUUUGAUUGGAUAAUUAGUAAGGUCUUUUUGUUAUUUUUCAUCGUAUCAGGUAUUGUUGAUAUUAGAGAAAAAAGUAGGAUAACUUGCAACAUUUAGCUCUGGAAGUACCUACCAUAUUUUAGAGAUUUACCGUUUCCAUAUAUUUAACAUUCCUGGUUACAUAAUGGACAUUUGUCUUUUAAUGUUUUUUCAAUGUUUUAAAAUAAAACAUUUUGUCUUCUA